AUGAAAUUAACUAAUAACGAUUAUAAAAUGCAAGGUGUCAACGUGCGCAAUGGUAUUUUCUCUCCCAAUAACGUUAAGUGUAUUGAUAUAAACAAUUCUCCUUUAAAUGGUCAUCAAAAAAACUUCAUAAAUAGCAUUCAAAAUGUCCAAAAAACAUUAGGAUAUCUCGAACGCAGUCUAAACAAGACAAGUAAAUACGAACAGAAACUAAUGCGUUGCAAGAAUACACACAGCCAUUCACAUAAUAAACAUAAAUUUUGGGAUAGUGAUCUAUCAGAGCAAAAAAGUUUUAAAUGCAAUGCAUCCAAUACAAACAGCAGUACCAGUGUAUCCAGGAGUGGAAUGGAUCAAGCUGAAUCGUGGUCUACUAUGAGCCUUGUAUGUCUUCAACACCAAUUCGAAGACUUGUCAAAACGUUAUCAAGCUCUUCUACAAGCUUACGACGAUCAAUGCAGUGCGCUGAGUAUGCAGGAUAUGAAACUUGCGCAAUGGCAACAACGCGCAAGUUUAACUCAUGCGCAUCUCGCUCAUGCGCACAAGGCACUCCUUACAAUUGGUGAGAAGUAUCUGGCAUUAAAACGCAAGAGGCAUAUGCUAAAGAGCCAGUACGAAGAGCGAAUAAAUCAGCUGAAGAACAUCUUGUACGACGUGGUGGAAGUGACUUCGAGAGAACAACUGCGUUUCGACGCAACACUUGCCUACUAUAUGUCGUCUGAACACAGCCCUGAUGCUGCACUGUUGCUGUAUGAAAUUCGUAAAUGCAAUUUUCUAUUGAUGGAGAAUAUGAGGUUAAAAACAAUAAUUGAAGAACUCCUUCCCUGCGGUGGGAAUAGGAAGUUAUAUUGA